AUGGCGCCGCAGCUGCUGCAUCUGCCCGAUGGCCAGACCUUCACCGUCACGCCCGUCUUCGCCGGCCUCGGCUUCAAGAGCCACGAGAUGAACAUGCACCCCAACGCCUUCCCCGUCGGCUGGAACGUCGUGCUGCACACCGAGGAGGAGAGCCAAAACGACGACGACAACGACGACUACAGCAACCGCAGCCGAUCGUCGCGGCCGGCGUCGUCGCGCACAAAGACGCGCGUGCACCCCUUUGUGCGCCCGACGCUGCUCAACGACACGCUCUUCAUCUCGUCCAUCUCGAACCCGUCCAACUCCGACUUCAAGCCCGCCGCCAGCCCCACGCGCCAGAUCGCCAUGAUGCUGUGGGUGACGCUGUACUGGUACUUCCACCAGCCCAAGCCCAGCGCCCAGCUCGACGUGCUCGCCGCCAGAGACACGCCCGACGAUGCGAAGCCCCGCGGCGAGUGGCGCAUCAACAUCAAGCGCGACGGCGUGCUGCGCGGCCGCAACCUGAUCCCCAAGCUGGAGCGCAUGGGCCUGAUUGCCGCGGCAGACUCGUCGUGCGGCACGAGCCCCGAUGACGGCGGCGACGAGUGGGCGCGCAUGUUUGUCUCGCAGCGCAUGUUCUGGCAGAUCCCGGGCCACCUGUUCCUCUUCACGCUGCAGCCCAACAACCGCGCCUUCUCGUCUGUGCCCGGGUCGCCGGUGACUAGUCGUCCCAGCUCUCCCCACAGCGAGUUGGCCAUGAGCCAGUACCCGUCCAUGGACAGCCUCGCGCGCAUGGAUAACGAUCUGCCGGGCGGGCCGAUGCCCACGAGCGUUCCAACGACGCAUACCGUGCCCCUGGGGCCCUUUUACUCGUCGUCGCAUCUCCCGACGUAUUUUCCUCCUCCGCCGCUGCAGUACACCUUCACAGACGGCGUUCGACACCCGGUGCGGCCGAAACCCCAUAGGAUGGGGGAGAUUUUCUAUUCGCGCUUCGUACCCAGUGUUGGACGAUACCUGUCUCUGCGGGUUGCCUCGACGUCGACGAAACCAGUGCCCUACCUAGGCCCCAUUGGAUCCAAGCCCACGGAACACGCACACUUGACCUCUUUAACAGACAUGCAGCUGCUCCAAACGUGGAUGGCGAAACCCCGAGUCAGCGAGUUCUGGGGCGAGUACAAGCCCGGCUUCCUCGAAGACGCCCUCCAGAAGCGGCACUCGUUCCCCGUUAUUGCUGCGUGGGACGGCACCCCCUUUGGCUACUUUGAGAUAUACUGGGUCAAGGAGGACAUUCUCGGUCGACACCUGGCCACGGGCGCGGGCGAUUUUGAUCGUGGCGUUCAUGUCUUUAUUGGCGAGGAGUGGGCGAGGGGCAGAGUGCCUGCGUGGCUGACGAGUCUUGUGCAUUGGUGCUUUAUUGCGGAUAAUCGGACCAUGAGCGUGUCGCUGGAGCCGAGGAUUGAUAAUGAGAGAAUGUUGCGGCAUCUAGACGAAGCGGGUUUUGGAAAGGAGAGGCAGAUUUCCUUUCCGCAUAAACAGUCGUGGCAUGUCAGGCUGUGGAGGGAUGCAUGGGAAGGGCCAGCAUUGUAAACGAUUUGAAAGAAGAACAAUUUGAAUUUUUUUUUUGAAAUGGGCGAAUAGGCGCAGCUGAUGAUAAUUCGGCAUGUUCUCUUUUUAUAUAAUUCAAUAGCAUCAAGGAGGGCAGGAAAUACCCCUGAGCGAGCUGGGCCUGUAUAGGUACUCGGCCGAAUCAAAAUGACUGUUUAAACUGCAAGUGGGAAAUGCG